AUGAAGUUCACCAUCUCCAUCAUUGCGGCCUCGCUCACUGCCGUGGUCGCCGGCAACCCUGUCCAGGCGCGCGUUGACACCAUCACCACCCGCGCCGCCAAUGGCACCAACUGCACCACCGCCCUCCCGGUCAACUACGGCGCCCUCAUCUUCAACGGCCUGGACAUGAUCGACAUCUGGGGCCCCCUCGACGUCCUCCAGCUCAACGCCCACGCCUACAACAUGAACGUCCACCUCAUCGCGCCCACCAUGGACCCCAUCAUCGCCGGCGUCGUCAACGCCAGCGACCCGACCCUCAACAAGUUCGGCUCCAACUUCUGGCCCGUCAUCCAGCCCACCGCCACCUUCGCCGACGACCUCGACCUCGACGUCCUCAUCGUCCCCGGCGGCCCCGGCGUCCGUGCCGCUGGUCUCGAGCCCAUCGUCGAGUACAUCAAGGAGAUGUACCCCAAGGUCAAGUACCUCAUCACCAUCUGCACCGGCGCCAGCCUCGCCGCGCGUGCUGGCGUCCUCGACGGCAAGCGUGCCACUACCAACAAGCGCGCCUGGGCCCAGAUGACUGCCUUCGGCCCCAAGGUGAACUGGGUUGCCCCGGCUCGCUACGUCAUUGACGGCAACAUCUGGUCUUCAUCUGGUGUCACCUCCAGCUUGGAUCUUACCUACGCCUUCGUCGCCGAGGUCUACGGCCAGAACCAGAGCACCCUCAUCGCCAACACCAUGGAGCACACCCCCCUCGCCGCCGACGACGAUGUCUUCACCGACAUCUGGAGCGUUCCUCACACCAACAACUAA